AUGGACGAUGAAGAUGUCCUGGACUUGGGCUGUCAGGUUCUACCGUGGAUCAGCAACCAGGUUAUCCUCAUAGGGCUGCAGACCCGUAAUAAGGUUUAUUGUACGCUUGGAUGCGAGCUGUUCGUUCUAUCCCAGCAAGUAGCAUCGAUCAGUGAGACAGCAAUCGCGCGACAAAAGCUAUUGAAGAUAUUUGAGAUUGUCGACAAAGCAUGUUCAGCAGAUCGAUUUCGAGCUCUGAAGAGAAUUCGUAGUUACAAGGAUUCGACGAGCAAAAUCAGACAGACUCUCAUCAAAGAAACACAGGAAAUCCUGAUCAAUUUUGUCCUAAAAACCCCAGAAUACCACACCCUUCUACGCCUAAUUCCGGAUUGCUUGGCUACCUAUGCUACGUGUCGCUGCUGCACGGAUGUUUCGUUUGAACUCGUCUUUAAAGCCAAUUAUUUUUCUCCGACACAUUCUCAAUCAUUUGUACAGUGGAAGGAGUCAAAUGUAAUAGUUCCAAGGGCCGAGGUUUGCAGGCGGGCUGGUAUUCAGAAGCGGAAGAAACCUUUAUCGCCGAAAAAAAAUCGCUCUCGCGUGGCACAAAGAAUGAGGCGACUAGAACUGGGAGAAUUUUGCACAUUGAUCAACGAUCUGCUUGGGAAUCCGGUUCAUUUUUAUAUCCAAUCAAACGUGCUUAAGGUUAUUGAACCACUUGAUCCCUACCCCUGCCGUGGGCAAUGGCUUGAAAAGAUUCCUCAUGUCUCCAAUAAAGGAAAGUCUCACCUAGCCUAUACUAUUGCGAAGUCCGUCUGGCAAUAUUACGAUUCUCCGUGGAUGAUCACACCGUGGACUCACGAGAGCAUUCAGUUAUUGAAUGAAGGGACUGGCCUGACAGGUCGGGGAAAACCACAUCCAUACCUGAGGACAAAGUUGGUUCGAGCGAUUGUAAAGUCUAAGGACUAUUAUUAUGCCAAUGAUCUCAUGCACCGAUAUCCAAAUAUUCUUGCAUUAGGGAUUCUUCUCAUCGAAAUUGCCGUCAAGCAGCCCUUAACAAGUGAGGAGUGUCCUUACCCCUUGAGUGAAGCCGUGAUCAAUGAUUACUAUACAAGCAAUUUGAAAGACACUGCUCAAUCUAGAGAGGUAGACGUGAUCAGAGCCCGACAGAAUGCUCUCUAUGAGAAAAUUGUCCUCCCAUUGAAAAGAUUAUCCGACUCCUACCGAGAUGACUGGGAUAUCCAAAGUCUUCCGACAGAGAACACAACUGAGACAUUUUCUGACCAAAACAUUUCAAACAAGGCUAUCACUGCCUCAGAGUCUCCUCUUCAAGCAGAUUUCACGGUUGCAAUAUUCUUCAGCGUUCUUUUCGAUGGGUUCUGCGAAGACUCUACCCUCCAUCAGAACGCACCAGGAGACUCAAACACAUAUACUCUCGGUCGAAUGGUACACCUUCCAGGCAUGGGGAAGAGCGUUGCAUCCCAAGCUGCCUCUUCUAUACGAUCAACCUACCCGAACAUCAAGCUCGCCUGGUGGUCGGAAUUUGUGGCGGCGGAGAUUCUUCUCGGGGAUAUAGUGGUCAGUGACGGGAUUGUGCAGCACGACUUUGGCAGAAGAGUUCCGGGGGCGUUUCUUCGCAAGACAUCUGUUACCGAUGGGCUUGGUCGGCCUAACGUGGCGAUACGAGGUUUCCUUUCGAAAAUCAAGACGACUUUGGCACAGAAGCGGAUUGGAAGCAAGAUGGAGAAAUAUUUGGAAGCCAUCAACCAGACCCUUGGCAAUGACGCCGCUCGAUAUCCAGGGGUAGAGCAUGAUGAGCUCUUUCAGUCUACAUAUCGGCAUAAACAUCAAGACCCCGUUGCUUGCAUCAGCUGUACCCACUCUACCAAUAAAACAGUUUGUGAUGAAGUGUUUGAUCUAACGUGUCAUCAAUUAAAAUGCAACAAGGAGAAACUUGUUCAACGCGAGCGGCUUCAGACUGCCUUUACCCUGGGACAUACACCUUCUCCCACUAUUCACCUUGGUCUUAUCGCAUCUGGGGAUACAGUCAUGAAAUCUGGACAAGAUAGAGAUCUCAUCGCUACGCAGGAUAUUGUAAAUGCUUUUGAAAUGGAGGGUGUAGGGGUCUGGGAUAGUUUACCGUGCCUAGUCGUCAAGGUCGUGUGUGAUUAUGCUGACAGCCAUAAAAAUAAAAUAUGGCAACCGUAUGCUGCAGCGACAGGUGCUGCCUGUAUGAAAGCUUUACUAGAUGAGUGGACGUUAUGA